CUCACUCACUAGCAAUGGCUCAUAUUUCACAAAUCUCUUCUUUUCUCUCAAUAGUUUUAAUCUUCCUCGCAUUAUGCAUCACUCUCUUCACGAACCCUACUCUCUCACUCCCAGCCCUAAAACUUAACCCUUUCCAAGACUUUUGUGUAGCUGAUCUCCAAGCUACCCCAACUAACAGUGGUUACCCUUGCAAGUCACAAGUCACCUCUGAAGACUUCUUUUAUUCCGGCUUGAACACUCCUUUAAACACCUCGAACCCAAAAGGUAUUGCCGCUAAUCCAGCCAAUCUCUUGACCUUUCCAGGCCUAAACACUUUGGGAAUAUCCAUGUAUAACGUUGCAAUUGCACCUGGAGGAUACAACCAACCUCACUCUCACCCCGGUGUAACCGAGGCAGGGGUCGUGAUCGAAGGCUCGGUCUUGGUUGGGUUCUUAACGACUAACUACACGUUGUACUCGAAGGUUAUUGGACCCGGUGAUAUGUUUGUGAUUCCUCCGGGACUCAUUCAUUACGAGGGGAACGUUGGGAAAACGCAAUGCCGUCUUUUGACGGUGGUUGCUGACGACUUGCCUAGCGAGGUUGGUGUGCCUCACACUCUGUUGGCUACGAAACCCGCGAUUCCAAACGAGGUAUUGAUAUCGGCGUUUAAGGCGGAUAGUAAAACAAUCAACAUGCUCAGGUCAAAGUUUACUGCUUAAAAUAAUGGUCUCUAUAUGGUUCCUCUAAAAAUGUAAUCUUUUAUGAGUUUACUUAAAUGAAUAACAAAAGUCAG